CCCUGUGGCGCCGUGAGGCCGCGCUGACCGCCCGCGUUGCCAGGGCAGCGGCGGCGGCGGCAGGAGCGGCUCCCGCCGCCAUGAGCAGGAAGAGGCUGCAGCUCCUGGCGGAAUCGCUGAGCCGGUCCACCAAGCACUUUAGCGAAGGCGAAGUGGAAUGUCUGAUCAAGCUCUUCGACGCGCUGCUGGCCAGGUCCAGCAGCCACUUCGCUGUGUCCGGCUUCAACCGCAUCGUGUUCAGAGACACCCUGUACGCCGCCUUUGGCAUGACGGACGACGUGGUCCUGGACCGAGUGUUCAGCACUUUUGAUAGAGGCAACAGUGGCUGCAUCACUGUGGUGGAGUGGGUGGAAGGCUUAGCAAUAUUACUUCGGGGGACAUUGGAAGAGAAGAUUAAAUACUGUUUUGCGGUUUAUGACCUGAAUGGUGAUGGAUACAUUUCAAGAGAGGAAAUGUUUCAAAUGCUGAAGGACACCCUUAUCAAACAACCAGCAGAUGAAGACCCUGAUGAGGCAAUUAAGGACUUAAUAGAGAUAGUACUGAAGAAAAUGGACUAUGAUCAUGAUGGCAAGCUUUCUUUUGCGGACUUUGAACAAGCAGUCAAAGACGAAAAUCUUCUCUUAGAAGCCUUUGGACCAUGUUUGCCAGACAUAAAGAGCAGGAUUGCAUUUGAAGAGAGAGUUUUCCCGGACACUCGUAAACUGUAACUCCAUUGUUGAAUACUGUUGUAAAGGGUGUUUCUCUUCACCAUUCUUCAUGAUAUAGUAAAAAUAGGAGCAACUUGAAA